AUGGUGCGGUGCGGCUUGGCGUGCUGGCGGUGCAGGUGGCUCCUGCCUCUGCUCCUGGGCUUAGCCAUCAUCCUGGGCAUCAUCAGCCUGGCCGGCCGGGGCUGGCUGGAAUCGGCGACGGCCCCCUAUGUCCGCCAGGCCUCCCUCUGGUCCGACUGCGUCAAAACCAACCCCGACGACCUCAACUGGAUGUGCCGCUCGCUCAUGGACUACAGUUGGGGUAGAGCUUCAGCUGCCACAUUCCUUGUUGGCUUUAUCAUCGUGUGCAUCUGUUUCAUCCUAGCAGUCAUUGCAUUUUCUAUUGAAAUACUGAGGUUUAACUUUGUCCGAGGAAUAGGAGGCCUUCUCUUUGUUGCUGCGGCUUUCCUAAUUAUAGGUUUGGUGAUCUACCCCGUGAUGUUCACAGAAGAUAUUCCACUGACAGGACAGAACAUGUUCAGUUGGGCCUAUGGCUUUGGUUGGGCAACCACUAUUAUUGUGAUAGGAUGUGCGUUCUUCUUCUGCUGUCUCCCCAACUGGGAAGAUGAAGUCCUGGGCAACAUAAAGCCCUACUAUGGUGCAAACGGAAUUUGACGUGAAGCUGAAAAGAUUGUUUGAAUAA